GUUUUCAAAGUGCCUUCUGUGACAGGAAAUAGACAUAAAUAACUUGUAAUUGAAAAAUGUCUCUGUCGAUUUUUGACGAUUUGCCGGCGGAGCAUCCUCGUCAACUGAUUCCUUCGCUAUGUAGACAAUUCUAUCAUCUUGGAUGGGUCACUGGCACUGGCGGCGGCAUGAGCAUUAAGCACAACAAUGAGAUCUAUAUAGCACCAUCUGGUGUACAGAAGGAGCGCAUGCAGCCAGAGGAUUUGUUUGUACAGAAUAUAAAUGGCGAGGAUUUGCAGCUUCCGCCGCCUCACAAGAAUCUCAACAAAAGCCAAUGCACACCGCUCUUUAUGCUGGCCUAUAAGCAUCGUAAUGCCGGCGCUGUAAUUCAUACCCAUUCUCAGGAUGCCGUGAUGGCCACGUUGCUCUGGCCGGGCAAAACAUUUCGCUGCACACAUUUGGAGAUGAUUAAGGGCAUUUACGAUGAGGCAGAUAAGCGCUAUCUGCGCUACGACGAGGAGCUGGUGGUGCCAAUUAUAGAUAACACGCCCUUUGAGCGUGAUCUGGCCGACAGCAUGUAUGCAGCCAUGUUGGAGUACCCAGGCUGUAGCGCUGUUCUUGUGCGCUGCCAUGGAGUAUACGUGUGGGGUCAGACUUGGGAGAAGGCCAAGACCAUGGCUGAGUGCUAUGAUUACUUGUUCUCGCUGGCUGUGAAAAUGAAGCAAGCUGGUCUGAAUCCCGAGAAAUAUAUGGGCAAUUAAAUUGCAGCAA